ACUGUACGCCAUUUUGGAAAAUAAUGAAAAACGAACUUGAAAAAUUUCCAACAUCUUUAUACUAAUUUUGAGGCUUUCAGAUACCUGAACAUUAGAAUGACUAUUCCUAGACAUUAAUCGUGUAUUACAGAUUGUGAGGGACUUAUUGGCAAGAUGACGGAGGAGGUGAAAGAAGAGUACAGGUCAUCGCUGUCCGACCUCAAAUUCAACAGCAAACCUCUCAUCAACAUGUUAACAAUGCUCGCCGAAGAAUAUUCCCAGUAUUCCGAUGUCAUUGUGCAAGUCAUCGAGACACACAUACACAAGGCGAAACCUACGGAGAAGUUGCCGUGCCUCUACCUAAUAGAUUCCAUCAUGAAGAAUGUCCACGAGGGGAACUACGUUCAAGCAUUCACCAACAAUAUUGUCCAAACAUUUUGUGGAGUUUUUGAAAAGGUGGAUGAAAAGACGAGACAAUCCAUGUUCAAACUUCGCCAGACGUGGUCAACUCUCUUUCCUGGCCACAAACUUUAUGCAAUAGAUGUACGUGUAUCUGGGAUUGAUCCUGCUUGGCCAAUCACAGCAAAGGCGCCCGAGUCUGGCAGUAUCCAUGUUAACCCAAAGUUUCUCAAGAAUAAGCAAGAGAAAGCAGUUACAGCAGCUCCUGUUGCACCAACCACAGCUGAAUCCACAACAACAGCUACAACAGCUGCUAAGGUCUUGGAAAUGGUCAAAUCCAAUACAAUCGCUAAAGUUGAACCAAAGGUGGAGACACCAGAGGACCUGGAGAAAAAGAUGCGGGAGCAGCUAAUCGCUAAGCAACAAGAACUUCUGAAACUGCAACAACAGAGGCUGGAACUGGAGCUUGCGGAAACAAAGGCAAAACUUGAGCAGCAGGCAAAGGAACUGAGAGCCAAAGAAGAUAAGUUAAAAGAACAAGAGCAGAAGUUACAGGAGCAGAAAAAACAGGAUGAGCAGAAGGUUCAGCCUUCCCAGCAACAUCCAGCUCCUCAACACACACACGCUUCCCAGCAGCCCUUUCUACCACAGCAUACUCAAGCCAUGGAUUAUGCAGUGCCCAUUGAAGCUUUUGGGACAACAGAGAUGUAUCACUCACUUAUGCCCUCUCAACCCCCACCAGGACCCCCACCAGCUUCUACAGGAUCCCGACCCUCAACACGUGACCCUCGUGUUGCCAACAAUAGAGACCCGAGAUUGUCAAGGAUACCACCACCACCAGCUCCACCUAUAAGCAAUUUUCCAUCAUCGCAGAAUGUUACUCACAAGAUGUCGCCACUAACUUUCACUGGAGCAAAACCUCCACCAGAGGUCACUCACACGACGCAUUCCAGCUCAAGGCCGAAACCAAGCCCUAAAAAGGAUAAUUUCACUGAUAAGGUUGUAGUAAAGAAUCAAUCCAAAAAAUCGAAUGUUGUCUUGAUUGAUGCCAUUCCUUUACCUCCAGAACCUCCCAUUAUAUGCCUUGAUGAUCCAAAACCAAAGAAAAAAGAGGAGUCUAAAAAGACAACAGAUACAUCAAAAACUAAAUCAAAAGAGGAAGAGUCAAAACUUAAAGACAAAAAAUCAAAAGACUCUU